GGCCAUUUCGUUGUAUCAUUGAGGAAGGACCUCUCUGUACUACUUCUCUUAAACUUCCCUUCUAACUCUCUCUCUCUCUCUCUCUACAUAUUUAUGUUUCUCUCUCUCUCUUGAUGUCUCUGUAAUUAUUUCCUUCAUUUGAAGCUUUCAAAAUCAUCACCCAACAGCUUAAAAUUUUGUUACUAUUAGUGGGUUAAUCGAUCUAAGAUGCCCGGUUCAUUGACGAGUUUUAAGGCAUUGAAAUUGUUGUAAGAGAUGAGAUAAUCCACGGGGGGAAUUUGAAUCUGGGUUCUGUUUUCUUGGCUGAUUCUGUAAUCGAUUUUUUUGGUUAUAAAUUCGGAGUUGAAUUUUUGGAGAAGAGACUUCGAGUUUUGAAGAUAAAUACAGAGCGAUUUUAGUUGUUCGUUUGAGGGGUUUCUAAGAGAUUUGUUACCUUUUCUGGAAGUGGAAGAAGAAUUGGACUGAGAAAAAUGCAAUCGAUUAUCGGACUCUGGGAUUCAGAUUUACAUUUCGCUUGUUUUCUGCGGUGAAAUAAGCAGAUUUCUAUUCUUUUGGAGAGCUGAUUCUUGGGGGGGAAAACCCAGAUCAGAAAUUUCAGGUCUGAUUUUGUUCCUGUUCAUUGCAACCUUCAGCAUCCAAUAGCUGUCGCUUCCUCCUCUAUUUGAAUUCUUAGGGUCUGAUAAUAUGUUUUCAGAAUUUAAAAAUUCGAGUUGCUUCUUCCAUAGGAGGAUCUUCUAUUUCUCGCUGUAGUGUAUAUAAUUAAGCAUAUGGAGAAAGAACAUCUCAGAAUCAAUAGCCACGGCAAUUUCAUUAGUAGUAAUCUCAACGGGAGGGAUAGAACCGCCUUGGACAGUUCGCUGUUGUUACGAGCGAGAUCCGAGGCCGCUGUUGUCGCCGUCGCAACCAGACCGCAGCCAGCGCCGUCGGAAUUUGUGUUACAAUGGGGAAACCGGAAGCGUCUUCGGUGUAUGAAAGUUCAGGUUAAGGCUAAGGAUGUUUCGGCCACAGCACCGGCUCACAGAACCACCGUCCGAGUGGACCGGCGGGUCGUUAGAGCCGAUAAAGACUCGAUUAUACAUAACCACCAACCAAGUUCUAAUCCUAACCUUAAUCCAAGUAAUGGGUAUUUGAAUCUCCGUCAACGGCCGAUUUCUCCUCAACCGCCAGUUCUACCGCCGCCGCCAGCUCCAUCUCAUCGUAUUCUAAGGAAUUCUGAGAUUUCCGGUACGAUGAGAGCCCAAUCCAACGGCGGUGUCAGAGCAAUUACUUCUCCGGACAGGGCGGUGCCGGAGAAGAGACCACCACCGUCUCACGACCACCACUAUAAAUCCGCCGCUACCUCAGACACAAAAAAGGGUGGGUCAUCUUCCGGCAGCGGAGAACCAACUGUGCCGCCGCAAGCGCUACCGGUUUGGCCGCCGAAGUUCGUAAUAGCUUUAACGAACAAAGAGAAGGAAGAAGAUUUCAUGGCGAUCAAAGGGUCAAAACUGCCUCAGAGACCCAAAAAACGAGCGAAAAUUAUUCAACGCACCAUCAAUCUGGUGAGUCCGGGGACGUGGCUGUGUGAUUUAACGCUUGAGAGAUACGAAGUCAGGGAGAAGAAAAUUUCUAAAAAGAGACCGAGAGGGCUUAAGGCAAUAGUGAACAUGGAGUCGGAUUCGGAGUGAGAAAAAAAAAGAGUUUCUGAUGAUCAUACGAAAUUAAUUUAGAACACUGUUUUGUUAUGAUUUGUGGAGAGGAGGGAUGAAGUUUAAUUUAUGUGAAUUACAUAAUAUAAAAUAUAAAUAUAUAUCUAUAUAUCUAUAUAUAUAAGUUUUUGUAGAUUUUCUCUUGGCUAAUUGAUUUUGGGCGUAUAAUGAAAUUGUAAUUAUUCUAA